UCUCACGGAAGUGUUUGUUGUUUUUAAAGUAAGCUAAUAAACUGUAGCAUCGCUUCAGUGAAGUAAAAAAGUACGGGUCUACGGUUUAACAAUAACAAAAGGCUGGAAAAGUUUCUAUGCUGUCCUUCGAGUCUCUUUCUAAGUAAAACGCUAUCGAUUAACACAGCAGCUGCUCAAGUUUUUUGGAUCAUUGUUGGCUCAAAAAUAGUUAGCACGUAGGCUAACCAAAAAGAUACGACUGCGUGAGUCGUUUGUAGAUAGCCUAUCAACUAUCUGCUGAAUGUGAAAUGCAAACAUAUGUUUCCCUUUAUUGCCAUGCAUUAAAUUUUUAGUGUGAUAACUAGUAAGUUAAUGGGCUACUUUAGUAAUUACGUUCAUAACUAAAGCACUGGCAUCUACUUUCUAAAAAGAGAUUGCGUUAUGUAUGGCUGCGCACCAUUUUUUAGGAUUUGUUCAUCUACUGAAAAAGGGACUGUAUAAGAAUCAAGUCUGUGCAAAAAACAGCAUCUUAUCUUUGGCGUCAGCUCAAGUUGUCCUAAUGACUGCACUGACAGACUUAGAACCUUUAGCAAAACGACUAAAGGUGGGAACAAGUGCUCCAUUGUCUUCUUCAUCUUCUCGUGGAGGCUCACUUUCGAGUAGUCAGAGCGUCGGUGCUGCGACUUCAGAUCAAGAAAGAAUGGAAAAUAAAACCGAGAGAAAGGUGGUAAUAAGGCCAAAAACAAGUGGAGCAGGUGACUUAAGAGGUGUCAAAAUGAAAGGUCGCCUUCAAAGAAUUGGUCCAACACAGCAACAAAAGUUCAGAAAUACUCUUGAAAGAUGGUUGAUCAAGCCAAUGGAAACCUCGAGUACAGGAGAUGUGUGCCAAACCCAAAAUGAUGAAGAAAUGAUGGAUGAUGAUGGUUUUCAAAGCACCUCAGCUCAGUCUUUAGAGUCCAAAGAAGCUGAAAUACUUUUUGUCACUGACACAGAUGAAGAAACCCAGCCAUUAACUCCAGCAGACUUAGAUCAAGAUCCUCCUGUAUCACCAGCUGCCAAAGAUUCUGCAGGGAGUGAUCUUACACCAACAUUGCUUCAAAGUGAUGAUGAUUUAGAAACAACAAAAAUGGACACAUGCCCAGCAACCUCCGAUGGUUCAGUCAAACUCAAUUCUAAAAUUACAGACUUCUUUUCGGGGGUGUCAUCACCAGGUUUUCCUGGGAAACGACGCAGGUCAGAAAAGUCUCCAGAGAAACAAGAUACAGAAAAUAAACCUAACCCUUCUGAAGUCAGUUGGCUUGGGACACCAAUAAAUGAGCUAAAGAGGAUGCCAGAAUGUGGCAAACCACUUCCUCCACUGAAGAAUGUUCCUGGCCAUCACACCGUGAUGAUUAGGACAGAUCUUCUUCAAAAGGAUAAAGUUCCUGUUCCAUAUCCCACUAGAUUUCAGGAUGCCUGGGACGAUGUACAUGUCAAGAUGCCUUGUUCCAGCAGGAACUUAUUUCCUAUAGAAGAUGAGGAAACACAAGAACUGCAGAAUAAAAGUCGGUGGGAGCUGAUCAAGGAAACUUUAAACAAGACAUUUACAAAUCCUCAUGAGCUGAAGAAUGCAAUGUUGAAGUACAGUGCAUCACAUGCCAAGAAAUGGGACUUCGCAGCGCUUCAUUUGUAUUGCACAAAGGUCCUGGAGCCUGAUGCUGCUGAACAUCUGUUUGAGUCCCUGCUGCCAGACAUGGUGCAAUUAGCGCUGAGAGCAUCUGAGCUCUGUACCAAGCCAAUACCCCUCCUCAAGGCAGGCAUGAACCACUCCAUCACCAUGUCUCAGGAGCAGGUGGCAUGUCUGCUCGCCAACGCCUUCUUCUGCACCUUCCCCCGACGGAACUCUAGAAAGACCGAGUACUCCAACUACCCAGACAUUAACUUUUUCAGGCUUUUUGAGGGGUCCUCUGCAAAGAAGACUGAAAAGCUGAAAACCCUUAUGUGCUAUUUUAACAGUGUUACUGAGAAAAUGCCUACAGGUCUUGUAACAUUCACCCGAAAAAGUCUGAAUAAGCCACCAAAUUGGAAAAGCUCACAGACUCCACUCACGAAGCUCCACAUCACCUGUGAAGGAACCAUUGAAGAUGAUGGGUAUGGAAUGCUUCAGGUGGAUUUUGCUAAUCAGUUUGUGGGAGGAGGUGUCACCGGGUCUGGUCUGGUUCAAGAGGAAAUACGUUUCCUUAUUAACCCCGAGCUAAUUGUUUCUCGUCUCUUCACUGAAGCACUGGAUCAUAAUGAAUGUCUGAUUAUCACAGGAACGCAGCAGUACAGUAAAUACACAGGAUAUGCACAGACCUACCAGUGGGGUGGCAGCCGUUUGGACACAACUCCAAGUGAUGGCUGGCAGAGAAGAUGCACUACGAUUGUGGCCAUCGAUGCGCUGCAGUUCAAGAACUUUCUUGAACAAUUUCAACCAGAUCGACUCAACCGAGAACUUAACAAGGCUUACUGUGGCUUUGCAUGCCCUGAAGAAAAAAGUCAGAACCUUUCAGCAGUUGCGACAGGAAACUGGGGCUGUGGGGUUUUCGGAGGUGACACACGUCUGAAAGCUCUGCUCCAGAUGCUGGCAGCUGCUGAGGCGGGCCGAGACGUAGCCUACUUCACCUUUGGUGACAGCCAGCUCAUGACAGAUGUCCACAACAUGCACUCUUUCCUCAUUCAGAAAAAUAUCAGUGUUGGAAAGGCGUAUGAUCUCUUGGGGCAGUAUUACAGCUCAGAGUGCAAGAACUGCCUUGGUCGACGCCCUGACGUCAGCCUCUAUUCCUUCAUCUACCAGCAGGUCAACUCCUCCCUGGCGCCUGAUGACUCCAACAUGGGUUCAGCCAGACAACACGCACCCACUGACUGCCAUUAAGGUCUAUAAGAUGAUCCUCAGGAGGUGCAGUAGUGGGUACAUUGGGUAAGUUUCUCAGAUUCCUUUCAAUAAUGACUUUACUUACAAUUAUUAUUUUUCUUAGCUUUUUUUCUGUAUUUGAGAGGGGUGUAGAAAAGGUUUCUUUAUUUACUGU